UCCAGGUGCUGUGUGUGUGCUGCCAUGGAGACAGGCCCCGGGGUUGGUGGCGAGAAGGCAGUCUCUGAAAGCUUUGUGGAUUUAGCAGAGGAAGAGCCUGCAGCCUUGGGUGCUUCAGGGUAGUCUUCCUGACCCUUGUGCCAAGGAAGCUCAGAACAAUCCUGCCAGACCUUGGUGACUGAUCUGAAGAUGGCUGAACUACAAGACCGAGAGCCUGAAGCUGAGUGUCCUGUCUGCUGGAACCCCUUCAACAACACAUUCCACACUCCCAAAGUGCUGGACUGCUGUCACUCCUUCUGUGUGGAGUGCCUAGCCCACCUCAGCCUGGUGACUCCAGUCCGCCGUCGACUGCUAUGCCCACUCUGUCGCCAGCCCACUGUCCUGGCCUCUGGACAGCCAGUCACUGACUUGCCCACAGACACGGCCAUGCUCACGCUGCUCCGCCUGGAGCCUCACCACAUCAUCCUGGAAGGCCGUCAGCUCUGUCUCAAGGAUCAUCCCAAGAGUCGCUACUUUCUGCGACAGCCCCGGGUCUACACCCUAGAUCUGGGCCUUGAGCCUGGGAGACAGACUGGGUUCCCCCAGAACAUGGUCCCUGCCACCAGGCCGAUGCCCAUCUCCAUCCCCAGCCACUAUUCUCUUAGGGAGUGUUUCCGCAAUCCUCAGUUCCGGAUCUUUGCCUACCUGAUGGCUGUCAUCCUCAGUGUUACUCUAUUGCUCAUCUUCUCCAUCUUUUGGACCAAGCAGUUCCUCUGGGGCAUGGGGUGAGCAUUUUGUUCCCAGACAAGGAACUAAACUUUUCUUGGCUUCUGCUGGGAUCUGCAGAGCCUAAUUUGGGAUUAUCUUCCUUUUGUAGUAUUGUUUUUACAAUCCAGGGAUUAGGUAGGUCAAGUGUUUGCUUCUGGAAACAGAUAAGUCCUACCAUGAUGAGAAUUUCUAUUAAAGGGCUGGGGGAGAGAUGCGAGGAGACCUUUGGGUGUGUACUAUGGGACCAUGAACCAGUGACUACAGAGCUAUGUAGUAAGUUGUGCCAAAGGACUAGACAAUAGCAUUCAGGAAUCUGGCUAGCCCAAAUAGCAAAUUGGGUUUUUCAUUGGAGCUACUUUGAAUUCAGGUCACAUUUUUUCAAGUUGCAUUUUACUAUAAUUCUAAAAAUUUUGCAAAGUGAGCUUUAAUUCUGUGAGCAAAUGUGUGUCUUCCUCUUUUCAGUUUUUUUUUUUUUUUUGGAUGUCUUGUCACCAGUCCCAGUAAAAAUGGUCUGCAUUAAA